CCACAAAUCCCACAAUGGCUCAUUCACUUUUAUCAGUUCCCUCUUCCCUCUUCCCGUUUCGACGGCGGCUGACGAACGGAGCACGCUCGCAAGUCGCGUCACCGGGACCUGUGGAGCAGCCCUCGCCCUUCUGCUCCGACGGGUCUCCGACAGGUCGCCGUCGUAUCCUCUAAAUCGAGAAUGGAUGUUGAGCGGUAGAGGACCCUGGAAAAAUUAGGACUGACCCUACUGUGAGGGCAAUAUGGAGGCAUUGAAGUUUAGUUCGGCCUCACAUUCCCUGGCACUUGGAAGUUCACCUUCGGGUUCAUGCCACGGUCCUCGUCCUAAUAGGUUGCUGCAAUACAAGAUUUACAGUAACGGUCUCAAAUUAAAAACUCCCAGAAGAUAUUCUAUUAGCGCCUCUUCUUCUAGUGACCGAAAUUCUGAGGUUACUCUGCUCGAUUAUGGUGCCGGCAAUGUGCGCAGUUUGAGGAAUGCAAUUCAGUUUCUUGGUUUCAGUAUUAGAGAUGUGCAAACACCUGAGGACAUAAUGAAAGCAAAAUGCCUAAUUUUCCCCGGAGUAGGCGCCUUUGCUGCUGCCAUGGAUGUGCUAAACAAGAACGGAAUGGCCGAAGCACUCACUGCCUACGUCGAACAAGAUCGCCCAUUUCUGGGCAUUUGUCUUGGCUUGCAACUGCUCUUUGAGUCAAGUGAUGAGAAUGGUCCAGUAAAAGGUCUUGGUUUAAUCCCCGGAGUAGUUGGCCGUUUUGAUUCAUCUGAAGGGAUCAGAGUACCUCAUAUUGGAUGGGAUGCACUGGAAAUAACUAAAGACUCAGAGAUCUUGGAUGGUAUUGGAAACAAACAUGUCUAUUUUGUCCAUUCAUAUCGAGCAAUGCCUUCAGAUGAUAAUAGAGAGUGGGUGUCAUCUACUUGCAAGUAUGGUGACAAUUUCAUAGCUUCAAUCAAGAGGGGAAAUGUCCAAGCUGUGCAGUUUCACCCUGAGAAGAGUGGAGAUGUUGGCCUUUCUAUCUUGGAAAGGUUUUUGAAACCGGGGUCCAAAGCAACAAAGCAGCCAUUCCAAGGUAAGGCCUGUAAACUUGCAAAGAGAGUUAUUGCUUGUCUUGAUGUCAGGAGCAACGACAAAGGAGAUCUUGUUGUGACUAAAGGCGACCAGUACGAUGUAAGAGAGCACACAAAAGAAAACGAAGUGAGAAACCUCGGCAAGCCAGUAGAACUUGCGGGACAGUACUACAAAGAUGGAGCUGAUGAGGUCAGCUUUUUGAACAUCACUGGUUUCCGAGACUUCCCUCUUGGGGAUCUCCCAAUGUUGCAGGUACUGAGGCAGACAUCAGAGAAGGUUUUUGUGCCUUUAACCGUUGGAGGAGGCAUCAAAGACUUCACUGAUGGAAAUGGAAAGUACUACACUUGCCUAGAAGUUGCAGCAGAGUAUUUCAGGUCUGGCGCCGACAAGAUCUCUAUAGGGAGUGAUGCUGUAUAUGCUGCAGAAGAAUACCUAAAAUCCGGAGUCAAAACUGGGAAAACCAGCAUAGAGCAGAUCUCAAGAGUUUAUGGGAACCAGGCAGUGGUUGUCAGUAUAGACCCUAGAAGAGUGUACGUGCGGGACCCACACGAUGUAGAAUUCGCGGCUGUCAGAACGAGGGAAAAGGGUCCGAACGGGGAAGAAUAUGCCUGGUAUCAGUGCACAGUGAAAGGGGGGCGAGAGGGGCGAGGAAUCGGAGCAUUGGAGCUUGCAAAAGCUGUUGAGGAAUUGGGAGCAGGGGAGAUACUUCUGAACUGCAUUGACUGUGAUGGGCAGGGAAAAGGCUUUGAUAUUGACCUCAUCAAGUUGGUAUCGGACGCGGUGCGUAUCCCUGUCAUUGCAAGCAGUGGGGCAGGGUCAGCCGGGCACUUCUCUGAGGUUUUCAAAGAGACAAAUGCCUCUGCUGCCCUGGCUGCAGGGAUAUUCCAUCGCAACGAGGUGCCCAUUCAGUCUGUGAAAAAGCACCUGCUCAAGGAAGGUAUAGAAGUCAGAAUGUAGUAGUAAUGGUUUUUAUUGGAAUUAAGCUAGGGAUACACCAACAUGGGAUACUCCAAGUGUAUACCAAGCCAACACAGACACACACAUUCUGUGUCUAGUCUGUGUCUGUGCAACACAGACACUUUGUGUCUGUGUGUAUCUGUGUUGGCUUGGUGUACACUUGGGGUACCCUAUGUUGGUGUACCUCUGUGUACCUCUAGCAUUGCCCUUUUUAUUGAUGUUCACUGGUAUUUCUUUAACCUGAGAACACAGAAUAAAUUUUGGAGUGGCUUGACACCCAAACUGAUAAUCUCAAGAGUUCUGCUCAGAAUAUUUGAGCAGGCUUCUUCUUUAUGGUGGCCUUACCAUGCUUUAUUGGAGCUUGGGGGGCAAACUUUUGCUUCUUCUUUAGUGGAACUUGAUAUGUAUUUGUUGUUGACCAUACCCCAUUUUCAUUCGGACUUAGCUUUGAUCACUGCUCUAGUGGAGAGAUGGAGACCCGAGACCCAUUCAUUCCAUCUUCCCUUCGGAGAGGUUGGAAUUACUUUGCAGGAUGUAGAGGUUUUGCUUGGAUUGCCCGUAGAUGACAAUCCAUUGGCGGGGAUGACUGGCCGAUCCAUUGGCUAUAUCAUGUAUUUCAAUUAUGUCUAAGUUUAUGUUUUAUGAAUUUCACAAAAUAAAUUAGUUAUGGCAUG